AGAUAAGCCGUUCGAGUGAGCACAACAAAAAAUAGUGGGAGGCAAAAAUAUUCGCUUAAUUUUAAAGUCAGUCUGCUCGGCACUACCAGAAUAAGAAAAAAAAAUGCUUCUCGUCGCUAAAAAAAUCUCAAAUUUUCUCCAGUUCCGCCCAAUCCUUGUAUUAUUCUUUUGGAGCCUUGCCAGCUUCACAUUCUUUCUAUUGACCUUCACAUUUGAGCUGAUGCAAAUACAUGUUCAGGAUUCAAAUGGAUUGGAUCAGCCGGCUGGAACAUUUCAAGACCCUCAAAUUCUAAUUCCAUUUUUGCUCAUCCCCCUUGUCUGCCUAACAGUGUUCUCACGAAGUAUUCCAGUUACGAUUUCUACAGCAAUAACAACUUUCCUUUCAAUUUGCAUAUUAUCAUUUCUGUCAAGGCUCAAUCAUUAUCUGGAUCCAGACCCUGUUCACAUUGUGGUUAUUUUACAUGUCACAACAGCCAACUCGAUUUUCUUAAGAAGAUGUUGGGAUAAGUACAGAAGAGGUCCCUGCUCAUCCACCAUUGUUCGACUACUACUAGCAACAGUCGAUAAGUCUCUACCAAUGUUAUUAACCACCUCCACGUGUGCUUCUAUAAUUCCACUGGUCUCAAUUAUAGUAUCGCCUGCCAAAACUAUCAUACCAUCAGUGACAUUAUGUGUUUUAAACCUACUUCAGAACAUCUGCAUUAUGAUGGUUGCACUGUCUAUUUUGUUAAUCCGGAACACUUAUAACUGGUGUAUUCCAACAGUUCGGCUAAGCUUCUUACGUGGAAUCCAAGCAUUUGUGGAGGAGAAGCUCGUGUACUUUGCUCAUCUCAUGUGCCAAAUUGGGCAACGUUUGCUCGCGUCCCCCGCAAAAAUUCCCUUCGUAAUUGCGUACCUUGUGGUUAUCACAGGAUUUGUAACGCUUAACAUUGUCCGUUUCGUGAAUUUCAUGAAUAUCUCCAUAGACAAAGGAACUGUCGAGUGCUCAUUUUUCCGUUGCUAUGAAUCCAUCACUCUCUGUUUAUCUCUUUUCAUAGUUCCACCGGUAUUCUUCUGCACUGUUAACAAACUUCAAAUCAACACUAUCAUUGCUUUGGUGGGCUUCUCGUUCACUUUGGUGGUUUUUGAAUUGCUCAGAGAAUUCGUAUUUGGAAACAUCAGAGUUGAUCCUAUUCAAUUUGUGGUUUACAGCAUUAUUCCUGCAGAUGGUGCACUUCGGUUCUGCAACAUUUACAGCAUGUCUCGAAAAAAGAAUCACAGUGCAAAAGUGUUGGACACGGUGGACGCAUUGUUUUCUCAAGUAACAAUUUCCUCGAUCUGUUCUGGAUUUGCACUUUUGUAUCUUUGGUAUCACUUUGGCCAGUCAAAUGUGAUUUUACUGGUUAUCAUUCUAUUGAUAACCAAUUGGAUCACAGUGGUCUUCUUCUAUCCAUCUGCAAUCGCCACAAUUGGUCCGUUAAUCUGCGGAGGGAAGCGACGUGGAAGUCAGAUAUCGGAGACACGAUCCAUGAAUACUGAUCGAUUUUCUUCGCAUCUUCUUGUUGAUAACCCAGAUUACACAAAGAAAUACUCCACGAGUAAUUACUAUGGAUCAGCUAAACAGAAGAGGUCCUAUAAUGUUCUUGUGACCGAUUCUAGAAGAGCUUCCAUGCCAGUCUGUGUUCAGCAAAUUGCGAUUACUAACUCGAAUGCGCCAAUUUUAAAAAAAAGAUCAUGGGCGAACGGAGCAUGUUUUUCAGUCGAUGGAGUUAUAACAAUGACACCUCGGGAAGCAUUAAAGCUAAUGAGAAAGGAAGAUUCAAUUACGAGUGAUAAUAUUUUGAUCAAGGAACUUGCUUUAUUUUGAUUCGAACAUUGUUAUUAUUAUUACUAUUAUGGUUGUUUGUAAUAAUAAAUUACAUCGUAGUAA